AUGGACCGGCUGGUGAGCGUGGACGCCAAGGAGCUCGAGAUCGAAUUCCGGCCGUCGCAGCGGUGCUCCUCCGCCACCUUCCGCGUGACCAACGUCAUGCACACCAUGGCCGUCGCCGUCCACCUCUCCACCACCCGCCCCGCCGCCUUCUCCAUCCUCCCCACCGCCGUCACCGUCCUCCCGCCGCUCUCCUCCGCCGCCUUCUCCCUCGUCCUCCUCCCAUCCCCCAGCCCUCCGCUCGUCUCCCCCCCAGAUUCCCUCCUCGUCCGCUCCGCCCUCCUCCCCACCGGCAAGCCCAACGGCCCCAACGCCCUCCUCCGCCUCUUCUCCCGCCCACCCACCGCCGCCACCGUCUUCCGCGACGCGGAUCUUCCCGUCGCCCUCGUCGGUCCUCACGUCCUCCGCUCUCUCCUCAAAUCCUGCGACUCCCUCGAGGCCGCCUUCUUCUUGUCCCGCGCCGCCUCCGCCUGCUCCCCCGCCGACCUCGCCGCCCUCCUCCUCCCCGCCGCCGCCUCCGGCAACCCCCGCCUUGUCUCCGCCCUCCUCGCUGCCGGCGCCGACCCCUCCGCCCGCCGGGAUGACCGCUGCUCCGCUCUCGCCCUCGCCAUCGCCUCCGGCAGCGCCGAUGCCGUCGCCGCCCUCCUCGACGCCGGUGCCCGAGUCGAACCCGCCGCCCCCGAUCUCCCCUUCCACGCCGCCGCAGCCUCCGGUCGCGCCGAUCUCAUCUCCCUCCUCGCCGGAUCCUGCCGCGAUCCGGCCUGGGCUGGCGCCGCUGGACCGGACGGCCGGACGACCGUGCACGCCGCGGCGGCGGCGGGGAACCUCGAUACCGUCCGCCUCUGUAUCACCUCCGGCGGUGGCGAUCCCGACCGGGCCGACUCCCGCGGGGGCCACACCAGACUCUACGACGCACUCGGACUGGGCGACGCGCUCCACCGGGCGGCGCGCGGCGGCGACGUCGCCUGCGUGCGGAGCUGCCUGGCGCGGGGGGCGGCGGUGGACGGGAGGGACCAGAACGGCUGGACGGCGCUGCAUCGGGCGGCGUUCAAGGGGCGGAUCGAGGUGGUGAGGGCGCUGAUCGACGGCGGAGCGCAGCUGGAUGCGGUGGACCAGGAGGGGUACACGCCGCUACGGUGUGCCGUGGAGGCGGGUCACGCGGAGGUGGCGCUGUGCCUGGUGGCGCAUGGGGCGCGCGCCGGGUUGAAGGGAUUCCAAGGUUUGGAUCUCCUUCUCAGCAAGUUGUCAUUGGAUAAAAAUAUUCGUGCUGCUGAGAGGGCUUCUCUGGCAUCUUCACUUUCUCCAUUUGAUAAGAAGAGGGUGAUUGAAGCUUGA